AAGCCAGGAAUCGAGAAAGUGUGCAGAUGCUGGUAGCAAACGGAAGACCACCUCCUUAAAGUUAACAGAUGCAAAUUAUUCAAUUUCUGUCCUACGCAUUAAUCUACAUCAAUACUAAAUGACCCUAUUCAAAAGUGCGCCAUCGAAAAUAAACACAUUUGCAAUUUAUUAUAAACGGGCAUAUGUGCGUGUCCAUCCUGACUACACGUACUACACUGAGAUAUUGGAAGUUCGCGGGAAGGAAGCUUUAAUAUAUUACUCCAAUCUAUACCGGAAAAAAUUGUGAUCGAUGCAAAAGUAAGGUUUCAUUUUUGAUUUCAGAAAACAUUUGAAAGAGUAUGAUGAAGCUCUUUCAUUUUUGGUUUCUUUUGGCGUUUAUUUUGGUAUCUAAAGUGCACUCAUUAGAAGAAGACGAUAACCAGGAGCUCACUAAUUUUUGGGCAGUUGAAUUGGACCAGGAUGAUGAACUAUUGGCUCAAGAAGUAGCAAAGAAACACGGGUACAACUAUGGCGGUCGAAUCGGGAGUUUGCCCAACCACUUUCUGCUUGUUAGAGAGGAGAAGUCUGAAGGCGAUAACAAACGAGGCGAUAUUCCGUAUCCUAGUCUCAGAGAACAUCCUAACGUAAAAUGGCACGAACAGCAACGAAGUCUGACUCUAGAGAAAAGAGGAGUUUUUCAGCAGUGUGACCCUUUACCCGGACACAUUAAUGAAGACGGAAUUAAGGAUUUGAAAUAUUGCAAUGAUCCUAUGUUUUGCAAGCAGUGGUAUAUAGCUAGCUUUGGACAGGAUAAUGAGCCGAUGGGAAGUGAUAUGGGGAUUCUUGAAGCCUGGAAGAUGGGUUACACAGGUAAAGGAGUUAAAGUGACUGUUAUGGAUGAUGGUCUUGAUCAUACCCAUCCUGACUUGAAACACAACUACGAUCCAAAAGCAAGUAGAGAUCUGAAUGAUAAUGACGGAGACCCAAAGCCGAGAGACGAAGCUGAUCAAUACCAUGGGACAAAAUGUUCAGGAGAGAUAGGAGCCCAGGCGAAUAAUUCUGUUUGUGGGGUCGGUGUGGCACCUGAUGUGAAUCUAGGAGGAAUACGAAUGCUUGAUGGUAGCGUGACUGGUGUAACUGAAGCAUCAGCGUUCGGUCUGCAGCCUGACUACAUCGAUAUCUUUAGUGCUUCUUGGGGACCCAAGGACAACGGGCAAACAUUAGCAGGUCCAUCGACAUUAGGAAAGAAGGCCUUAGAACAUGGAGCUAAACACGGCAGGAAAGGAAGGGGAUCAAUUUAUGUUUGGGCCAGCGGUAACGGCGGUGGUUCCCAUGACGACUGCGACUGUGAUGGUUAUGCUUCUAGUAUCUACACCAUUGCAAUUGGAGCGAUUAGCGCCGCUGGAAGGUCCACUUUCUAUGACGAGAAGUGUGCGUCAACUAUGGCGGUAGUCUAUAGUGGAGACAGUGGAGGAAGAGUCGAAGAAUAUCAUGAUCUAGUCACUACUGGCAGAGGUCACACAUGUCUUAGACAUUUUGGCGGAACGUCAGCAGCUGCUCCUCUAGCGGCUGGAGUCUUCUCCCUGGUGCUCCAGGCAAACAAAGACCUCACCUGGAGGGACUUACAGCACAUAAUCACCAAAACAGCAAAGGUAAAUAAUCCAAAAGAUUCGAGCUGGAAAAUCAACGGAGCUGGGUUCAAAAUCAACCACAAAUAUGGUUUUGGAUUGCUGUAUGCUCCAGCACUGAUUAAAGCAGCGAAAACAUGGAAGACUGUUCCAAAACAAGUAAAGUGUGAAAUCAAGGUAAAGCUACCUUCUGACAAAAGAAAGCGAGCCAUUACGAAAGCUGGAAGUGUCACUUUUACUGUCGAGGCUGACGCCUGCAGAGGGACGCCGAAUUUUGUCAAGAAACUCGAGCAUGCUCAGGCGGUCAUCAAUCUGAGGCAUCGCCAGCGUGGUGUUCUUAGCAUUGAUAUUGAAUCUCCAAGUAAAACCUUGAGCAGACUGCUGGCUGAGCGACCUCUUGAUAAAUCUACCGUUGGAGUUAAGGACUGGCCUUUUACAACUGUUCAUAUGUGGGGAGAAAAUCCGGCAGGAUAUUGGAAACUAACUAUCCGGGAUAACACAGAUUUGCACGAAAAACGCUUGACCAAUAAUUACAGGUUCCAAUUUGAUGACAACGAGAUGCAAGUUCGAGAUGAACCAGAGAUGGCAUUUCAUUCUGAGAACAUGGAGAGUGAAGAUCUACCUGUUAACGAUGAAGCAUUUGAGAUUCCAAGACCGUUCCGCCAUGAGAUUGUACUUGAAGACGAGAACGAAGACGAAGGUAGACAAAAUGUCGCAAGAGAAGAAGACGAAAGAGAGCUGAAUAUAUUUGAUGUCCGUAGUAAUAUAUAUGGUGCUUUGGACUCUUGGACGUUAGUCCUAUAUGGGACUGCAGAAUAGGAAUUAUGAUAAUAACAUGGGGAUCUCCUUUCAGAAAAAAAUCAAUUUGUGUGAAAGAUUAUAUUUUAUUCGUACUUUGCAGGUAACAGUCAUGUGAUUAACAAGAAAGAUUAAUGAGUCAUACUUUUUUGUUUCCAAUAGAACUUGUAUUUAUCAGUAACAAAAUCAAUAUUUGAGAUCUACAAAUUCUUAUAACGCAAAAUAAUGAAUUAAAACUGCUAAAUAUUUAAGGAAAAUAGUUAAAUUUCAUUUGUAACGCCUGGUGCGAUACGCUAAUUUCUUAAAAAUGCAAAGUUUCUUGUCUUUGUAAGUCCACUUGUAAGAAGAAAAAAAAAACUUGCCCAAGGAAGAGAAACAUCAGUCACGUGACUCUUAGCUGCAAAGACGCAAAAUGACAUGACACAACAACAUCAACUAACUUCAGGGCCAUGAUGAAGUAAAUUUGAGGCGAAAACCGUUUCAGCUUUCUAACCAGAAAUUAUAUUACAAAUAAUUGCUUUUCACUCCAUAGAUUCCUCAUAUAAAAAGAUUAUUUCUUGAUGUAUCAUUUUAGUUGCUGCAAUCAUGCAUUGCAGGUGUUCCUAGUUGAUUCUGCUUUGCUAACUCUACUCCUACCCAAUCCUUCUGUUCCCAUGCCAACCAUGAGCGCUUGCACUGAUGCAUGCUACUUCCAAUUGUUGAUUUCUUAUUAGCAAUCUUUAAAUUUUUGAUCAUUUUUUCCUUCAACUGAAUAGCAGGAGCAGCACGUAUUACCUCAUCAAGACUCUGCGUUCAGGGAGAGGAUUUCGCAUGACUGUGCACAACAAUUGUAACACCUUAACGUUACGUACUGAAUGAUCGAUCUGGAUGGAUAUUUUCGCUCAUUUGUCAACUGUCAGUUACUAUUCCUUUUAUAUAGAGCAAGUGCAUGUUAUAUGUAAAAUAACCACCAUCUUGGUUGACGAAAAAAAAAGCAUUCCUAAUUAGGUUCUCUUUUUAGAUCAACCAACAUGACGGUUGCUUCAUUGUUAUUCAUAUCUCAAGGGUUUUUGAAUCACGUGGCUAAUAUAUACACUGUAUUUGUCAGUUGUCAGUUAAAAUUUGCGCUCUUGAUAUCCUCCGUGUCGUAGUUUUCACAGUCAUACGAACUCUGCAUGUUCUAACCACACAACACUCGGUUAUUCGGAAAUAAAUGGGUUACAACAGUUAUAAAUAACGAUGCAUAUGGUAAAUAAUAAUGAAAUUCUUCACAUACAUAUAAAAUAAAUAUUUAUUUCUAAUAUAUUUUCUUACAUUCAAAUUAAUCAAAUCGAACAGACUCAUUAGAACGACAAUACACAAAGCCUUUUCUAGAUUGCUUACAAUAAACCCUCAAGAGUGCCAGUUACAACUACAUCAGAGGUUCURCGAAAUGAUACCAUUUACACAAGUAAUCAUUCCGAGGUAAAGGACAUUUGAAACUGGGUCGGGCCAGUGCCAUUGCAAUGAUUGACUUGGUUUGGGACAAAAUAACGCCAUCUUGGAAAAAAUGUCCCUUAAAACAGUCCCGACAAUUCACUGUAUAAUGCCGACGGAACUCGACCCCUCAACCUCGGAAUGACUUAUAGACAACACAGGAUAUUGCACCAUUUUGUAGUAUUAUUUAAUAUGUUUUCACUGGUUGACUAAUCUGUGUGUACUUUAGUAGUAAUUCACGUAAUUCUCAAGCACUUAUUGAAACUUAUUUCUGAAUUGUCUUCCGAAUAAUAUUAUAACUGGUAAAAAUCUAUGGCAAUAAAUGACACAUUGACUCAC